UCAAAAAUGGAAGUUAGUUUGUUUACCAUGUAUAAAUUGUGUAUUUAGUUAUUUAGAUCUGUAUUUUGUAAAAAUAUAAAUGGACGAAUUACGAGGACCUAAUAUUCAAAUUGUACUUCAUGUAAAAGAAGGUAUUGGCUUUGGAUUUCUUCGUAUACCCUUCAUCGUGAGUGGAUCUCUCAAUGGAUAUAUGCUGGAAACCGAUCCAGUUGUACCAACUCAUGCACCGGCAUUUGAUGCUGAACUGGUUUGGGAAGCAGAUAAAAGAAGAUUUCGAAGUUUACGAGUACAAAAUGUCCCAAUCAAGGUUGAAGUGUUUACUACAAGCACACAAGGCAGGAAAGAUAAAAUAGGAUAUAUUUUAUUGAGCUUAUUAGGAGCACAGCCAUGUCCAUCCAAUAAAUUUGUAGAUGUGAAAUAUUCAUGGCAUAAAUUACUCGGAAUAAAAUCUGAAGGCAAAUGUUGUCAUCCACAAUUACUUAUGAGUCUUUCCAUUGAAGAUAGAGUCAGUACUCCAACACCGCGCAAUGAACUUCGUAUGUUUCACAGCAAUGAAGUUGCAUACCCUCUAUCUCAUACACCUAACAGUGCUCAAGCUGGUGGACCUGUGUUGUUGACAUUGAAUGAAUAUUUAAAUGAAAGUAAAAAAGUGGUAUCAUCACCCGACUUGCAGCCGCAACUCUUGUGUGAGGAAGGAUUGAUACAAAUUGGUCUCGGAGACCAGUUGUAUGUUCUCAGCUUUGUGAUUGGAUCUGUAGAGAACUUGGACAUGCUUCUACCAAAUGAUAUAAAUAAAGAAGCAAUCGACUGCUGUAUAACAUAUUCAAUAUUUACACAUAAUAUAAUGACGGACAGAGUGGGCGUGACGUCACUAAGUACAGGCAGCAGUGCGCAGUUCAACCAGCGCACGUCGCUGCGCCUGCGCACACACCUCGCCGCGCUCGCUCGGUACUUCGCCGAGUGUCCGCAUCUCGUUGUUAGAGUAUGCGUCGUCGAUAGAGGUGUUGGUAUUUGCAGUUUAGACUUACGUAAGUUGAUCCCUACGGAGGACGUGAAGAGGUUCAUAUCAGAGUUCUGUAACAGCGAGGGCAGGCUGGCGAUACACGAGCGCUGCUACCUGGUGCGCUGCGACGACACCGCGCUCAGUGUGCGACGACCCUACAUGGAUGUUGAGAUCAGCCUUAAAUAUAUCGCUGAUAAAUCUAAAGUACAGAAACCUAAUAUAUUAUCAGCCCGAAGUAUAACACAUUUAGAGAGAGGUGGAAUAAAAGCUGAUUAUAAUGAGAGUAAACUAGAUUAUAGAAGUGGCAGUUGUACACAAAUAGACCCGGACGUUGGUGGAGUGGGAUACACAAACAAGUCUGCGGGGAACACUGCUAGAUAUAAAACCGCGAAUGGAGAUAAUAUCCUACAGACAAGUGAAAUAACAGAACUAUUAAGAAAGAUGUGUGACUCUCUCGCUCAGAGCCAACACAAGUCGGAACAGAGACCGUUCACAAGUGACAUGCAAGUUCAGUGCGGACCUGAGACAGAUAUACAAGAUAACAUCAAGACAGACAGAGAUGGAGAUAAUAAGAUAUAUGAACAAGAUAAUGGAAAUCAUAAACAAUAUGAUUGUGAAGACGCUAGAGAAAAAGAAUAUAAAAAUCAUUCAGAAAAAGAUGUAGUGAAACAAGUCCUACCCGCAGUGGAAAGAGAGGCUAUCUUGCAAAAGUUCAUCGAUGAACUGGAAGACUGGAAGGAGAGGCAACAAGAAUUAUAUAAAUGUCAGUUACGUCGUAAAGAAGAGUAUCACCUGGAACUGCUGUCUCGUGAGUGGGAGAAGAGACGCGAGGAAUUGGAGGAGAAGCUGCGGGCAGGUGUGGAGCGGUGCCGUUCACUCGCUGCAGACCUCAGCCGCGCUACUGAAGACUUCAGGCUUAGGGGGUACAGGAACACUGAGAGGGAGAGGAAGCUACUUGAAGCUAAGAAAGCAUUAGAAGCACAUUACACGGCUAAAUACCAAGAGUUGCGCGAGGCGUCUCAGAAAAUGGAGGAUGAUAUGCAUCAUCAGCUCAAACUGAAGGAUAUGAGGAUCGAGGAGUUGGAGCUGAAGGUGCAGACGCUGGAGAAGAAUAUUGAAGUACUUAAGAAUAACAUGAGAAAUAUGGAGAAAGAUGCAGAAAGCAAACAUUCCGGCUUGACCAAAGACCAGACUGCUAGUCUUAUACAAGAACUGCGUUGCUUAGAAGAGAAGUUGGACAGCGCGGUGCAAUCGAAGGCGUUCUUCAAGGAGCAGUGGGGCCGCGCUGUGAGAGAGCUGCACCUCACCAAGAUGUCCUCGCGCCGCAACAUGCUGUCUCAGCUGCGGAGAGAGAAGAGUCGUCUAAAUCAAGUCGGUUUGGACACAAUAGAUGAUUAUGAAAUAAACAGAGAAGAUGCAAAUGAAACUGAUAUUAAAAAGUUAAAAGACGACUUUUACGCUGACUUGCUGGCGAAUACACCGCCGCUUGAGUCACAUUCAGCUAUCAGUUUACCUGGGCCCGACGGUCUAGAUAUGUUCAUGGAAAUGAAAAACGCUUCUAAAAAUUCUAUAAAUGACAAAUUAAAUGAGCUAAUAAGCCAAAGGGAUCAGUUGAUUCAACAAGACAACCCGGACGAGGCUACACUCAAGCAAUUGAACAACGAAAUAAGAAGUAUUUUGAUAAAUUGUGGCACUUGACCUAUGUCUAAAUGCUACUUGAUAUUUAUUAAAUGUUAUUAUUAUAA